UUCUUCUAUUGUCCAAUUGGUUUUUAUUCUAGGGUUUCACCCUCUCUGAAUCCAAUCCCAAAAGCCAGCCAUGGCCGAGAUCAUGAACAUGCCGGUCGACUCCUUGGACCGCCGUCGUGACCGCAAAGACAAGUCCUCCGAAGAGCCUCCUCCUCCUCCUCAAUCCUCCUCGCCGCAACAAGCACCACAACAGCAGCCGCCGCCUCCUCCGCCCUCGCGAAGACGCGACCGCGACGAAAAGGAGCGAGAUAGGGACCUCGACCGCCCGCCUCGCCGCCCGGACUACUACGACCGGGGAAAUCGUUCCCCUCCGCCUCCGCGGGAGAGAGAUAGAGAUAGGGAUUACAAGCGGCGGGGCAGCGUUAGUCCACCACCUCCGUAUAGAGACCGCGGCAGGCACUCGCCGCCUCGGAGGUCUCCGCCACCUCCGUUAAAGCGGUCCAGGAGGGAAGAUGGAGGCUACGACGGCCGCAGAGGGAGUCCUAGAGGCGGCUUUGGACCUGGAGGUGACAGGAGGUCUGGAUAUGAUUAUGCAAGUGGAUAUGAUAGGGAGAUGGGGGUUAGACCUGGUUAUGGUGAUGACAGGCCUCAUGGUCGUUAUGCUGGACGCUCAUCUGGUGGCUACGGGCCUUCUGACUGGGAUUCAGGACGUGCUGGCUUUGGUGAUGCUUCCAGCACUGGGACCACUCAAAGAGAAGGUUUGAUGUCAUACAAACAAUUCAUCCAAGAGCUGGAAGAUGACAUUUUGCCAGCUGAAGCUGAGCGCAGAUAUCAAGAGUACAAGGCAGAGUAUAUAUCCACUCAGAAGCGAGCAUAUUUUAAUGCUCAUAAAGAUGAGGAAUGGCUAAAAGACAAAUAUCAUCCCACAAACCUACUCACUGUAAUUGAAAGGAGAAAUGAAAUAUCACAGAAAACAGCGAAGGAAUUUCUGCUUGAACUGCAAAGUGGAUCCUUGGACUUAGGGCCUGGUGUCAAUUCCUCAGCUCCAAAUAAAUCUGGACAUACUAGUGAACCAAAUUCUGAUGAUGAGGCUGAUGUGGAUGGCAAGAGAAGACGGCAUGGCAGGGAACUGAAUAAAGAAAAUGAUCUUAUAUCUACUGCUCCUAAGGCUCACCCAGUCAGUUCUGAUCCUAGACGUAUACAAGUUGACGUUGAACAAGCACAAGCCCUUGUCCGCAAACUUGACUCUGAAAAAGGAAUUGUGGAGAACAUCUUAUGUGCACCUGAGAAUGACAAAAUGAACAGAGAAAAAUCUCAUGGUGGUUCCACUGGCCCUGUUGUUAUCAUACGGGGUUUGACAUCUGUCAAGGGCCUUGAGGGUGUUGAGCUUCUUGACACCCUCAUUACCUACCUUUGGCGCAUACACGGUGUAGAUUAUUAUGGGAUGAUUGAGUCAAAUGAUGCUAAAGGUCUCAGGCACGUGAGAGUAGAGGUGAAGGGUUCCGACAUAGGUAAUGGAGCUGAGUGGGAAAAGAAAUUAGACUUGCAUUGGCAAGAAAGAUUGCACAGUCAAGAUCCAUUGGAAGUAAUGACUGCCAAGGAAAAGAUAGAAGCUGCUGCUUUACAAGGCCUGGAUCCCUUUGUGCGGAAGAUUAGGGAUGAAAAAUAUGGCUGGAAGUAUGGUUGUGGUGCCAAGGGUUGCACUAAGCUCUUUCAUGCUGCUGAAUUUGUGCACAAACAUCUCAAGUUAAAACACCCCGAGCUACUGGUGGAUGUGACUGUGAAAAUGCGCGAGGAUUUAUAUUUCCAGAAUUACAUGAAUGAUGCAGAGGCGCCCGGUGGAACUCCUGUUAUGCAGCAAUCAAUACUGAGGGACAAGCCACAGAGACGUAGGCCAGGUAUGGAGAAUAGAUUGAAAGACGAGCGUGGUAAUCGGAGAGAACGAGAAAACCGAGCCAAUGGUGGUGAGAGGUAUGAUAGGUCUGAGAAUAUGCAACAAGGUGAAUUCCCAUCCAACAAUGACGGCCAAGAUGGAGGAAAUCAUGAUGAGCCAAUGUAUGAUAAUUUUGGUGGACAAGGAAUGCAUGGUGGUCCUCCUUUCCCAUCAGAUAUAACCCCACCACCUGUGUUGAUGCCUGUACCUGGUGCUGGUCCUCUUGGGCCUUUUGUUCCUGCUCCACCUGAAGUUGCAAUGCAAAUGUUGAGAGAUCAAGGUGGUCCUCCACCCUUUGAAGGCAGUGGUAGAAACAUGUGGCCCGGACCUCAAAUGAGUGGGCCAGCCCCAAUUCUUGCUUUGUCCCCAGCUUUCCGACAGGAUCCUCGACGUUUAAGAAGUUACCAAGAUCUAGAUGCGCCUGAGGAUGAAGUCACAGUGAUAGACUACAGGAGCUUGUAGAUAGUUUCCAACUGUAUAAUUUGCAAGUUCCUUCGCAGUAAAGGCAAACUCAUGUACGGUUCUCCAAGUUUCAACAUCUGAACAUUCAAUGUACCGUGACACUGUACGUGAGUGCAGAUCAAACGUUUGUAACCAUUAGGAUGUCACCUUGCGAGUCACUUUGAAUACACUCAUUUUUGUUGAUGAUGGUAUUUCUUGCUAAGAUGAUUAGUAAGAUGUGCUGGCAGUGAUGCAACUCGUGUUUUUUUUCUACCUUGCAACUUGAGUCACAUUGAAUACUCAUUUUUUAUUCCGAGUUUCUGACCGGUAGUUUCUUUGUUUUCCGAGUUGGAUAUUGAUGGGUCUCUGAAAAUAACCAUGUAAAUUAGAGUUGUGGAGAUUAAAUUCUGUGCAGACUCGGCAUUUGUUUUCUGA